UGGUUUUAUAAGUAAUCAUUGAGUUAUUAGUAUUAGAUAUUAGGAGGGAACGUCUAAUUCGUAGUAUUCAUAAUGCCCAGGAGAUGAAGAAUUCAAAGUCCUGGCCGCCAAAAAAUAUACAUAUACAUAUAAUUAACAGCUACAUCUUCCUUGCGACCUAAAGCUUUCUUUCCUGAUUAUGUCAAUUUUGUUUACAAUUUCUACCCACCACCUCUUGAAUGCAUGGACACUACAAAGUUACUGUUUAUCUUAAAAAAAUGCAUUACUUCCAAGUCAAUACUGCAAGGAAAACUCAUCCACCAGAAAAUGAUCACUCUAGGCCUACAAGAAAACAUUGCCUUGUGCAAGAACCUUAUCAACCUCUACUUCUCUUGCCAAUACUAUGACCAUGCUAAACUUAUUUUCCAAGGGGUUGAGAACCCAUUAGACAUCUCCUUGUGGAAUGGCCUUUUGGCUGCUUACACCAAGAAUCAUAUGCACAUUGAAGCUCUUCAACUUUUUCAUAGAUUAUUGCGAUACCCUUUCUUGAAACCUGAUAGUUUUACCUACCCAAGUUUGCUAAAGGCUUGUGGUGGAUUAGGUAGAGAUAGUUAUGGGAGAGAGCUUCAUGCCCAUUUGAUAAAAUCUGGUUUUGUAUUUGAUAUUGUUAUUGCGAGCUCUCUGGUGGGGUUGUAUGCGAAGUGCAAUUUGUUUGUGUGUGCUAUACAGUUGUUUGACGAAAUGCCUGAAAGAGACGUGGCGAGUUGGAAUACUGUUAUUUCUUGUUAUUAUCAAUAUGGCGAUGCUAAGAAAGCGCUGGAACUGUUUGAUAAAAUGAGAGAGUCUGGGUUUGAGCCGAACUUAGUGACAUUGACGACUGUCAUCUCAUCAUGUGCAAGGCUUUUGGACUUAGAAAGAGGGAAAGAGAUUCAUAGGGAAAUGAUGAAAAGUGGGAAGGUGUUGGAUGGUUUUGUUAGUUCUGCUCUUGUAGACCUGUAUGGGAAAUGUGGCUGCUUAGAUAUAGCUAAAGACAUUUUUGAGCAGAUGCCAAAAAAGACAUUGGUUGCUUGGAAUUCUAUGAUUUCAGGAUACAGUUCAGUAGGUGAUAGCAGAGAAUGCAUUGAACUUUUUAAGAGAAUGAAUAUUGAAGGUACUAAACCAACUCUAACUACUUUAAGUAGCAUCUUAAUGGCAUGUUCAAGAGCAGCCCAACUUCGUCAUGGAAGAUUCUUGCAUGGAUAUGUGAUUAGAAACAGUAUCGAGGCUGAUAUUUUUGUUAAUAGUGGAUUAAUUGAUCUAUACUUCAAAUGUGGAAGAGUCCAGUCAGCUGAAAAUGUGUUUGAAAUGCUGCCGAGGGCAAAUGUAGUUUGUUGGAAUGUUAUGAUUUCUGGAUAUGUGACUGUAGGCAAUUAUUUUGAGGCACUUAACAUGUAUGAUGACAUGAAAGUAGCCGGUGUAAAACCAGAUGCUGUAACAUUCUCUAGUGUCUUAUCAGCUUGUUCACAAUUAGCAGCCUUAGAAAAGGGUAAGGAGAUCCAUAAUUGUAUCUCUGAGAGGGGAUUAGAAAGUAAUGAAAUUGUCAUGGGGGCUCUUCUUGACAUGUAUGCUAAAUGUGGUGCUGUUGAUGAAGCCUAUAAUGUUUUUAACAAGUUGCCAGAGAGGGAUCUUGUAUCAUGGACUUCAAUGAUUACUGCAUAUGGAUCUCAUGGCCAAGCUUUAGAAGCUCUGAGGCUUUUUGGUGAAAUGCAGCAAUCUAAUGCAAAACCAGAUGCAGUCACUUUCCUUGAAGUGUUGUCAGCUUGCAGCCAUGCUGGAUUGGUUGAUAAAGGGUAUUAUUAUUUCAAUCUGAUGACAGACAAAUAUGGAAUUAAUCCAAGAAUUGAGCACUACUCCUGCUUGAUUGAUCUUCUCGGGCGUGCUGGAAGAUUGCGUGAAGCUUAUAACAUUCUCCAUAACACUCGAGAAAUAACAGAGGAUGUUGGGUUGUUAAGCACACUAUUUUCUGCAUGUCAUUUGCAUAGAGAUUUAGAAUUGGGGGAGGAAAUUGCAAAGUUGCUUCUUAAGAAAGAUCCUGAUGAUCCGUCAACUUAUAUUACCUUAUCAAAUAUGUAUGCCUUUGUCAAGAAUUGGGAUAUGGUGCGCAGAGUGAGAUUACGGAUGAAAGAGCUAGGACUGAAGAAGAACCCUGGGUGUAGCUGGAUUGAGAUAGACAAGAGAAUCCAAUCUUUCUUUGUCAAAGGUCAGUCGCACCCUGAAGCAGAGGCGGUGCAUGACUGUCUUACAAUACUUACCAGUCACAUGGAAAAGGAUGAAAUGUUGCCUAGCAUAGAAGAAUCUACUGGUUUUCAAUUGGAAAGAUAAUCUUUUCAAAGACAUGACAUUUGCCAAGAAUUGGAUGUAAAAGAGCAGAGAUGGUGUACUCUUGCAACUUACACAAGUCACAUGGACAUGGGAAAAAGGAUAACAUGCAGCCCUCUUAAAACACACAUAAAGGAUAGUAAAAUUGGAAAAUAUUCUUUUCAAAGAGACGUGAGAUAUACCUAAGAAUUGGAUGAAAAUUACUACCUCCAGUAAAAAUCUCAUCAAGGAGAAAUAUUGAAGCGUGUAUAAUUGUCAAGAUUUUUUACUUUAAAUGAAAUUAUUGUAGUCUUGUGUACAAG